CCCACCCACGCACCGCGCCGGUCCAGUCCGGGAGCACGCGCCGGCCGCGGUCGGCUGGGGUUUCAUGGUGCGAUGCGUCGGCAGUUCACCAUCGGUGCCAAUGUGGAUCGCGAAGGGCGCUUGUGCGGGGAUGUGAAGGUGGUGCAGCCGGGCCUUUUGGGCUCCCCGGUGGAUGCCACAGCAUCCAUGACCACCACCCCCAGCUCCGCGCGCGAAUUCGCCUUGCGCCUGACGUCCCCCGUCAGCGCGGUGCUCUCGGCGUUCGCCGGGCCGUUCGGCGGCGCCGUGCUGGCCGGGCCCUUCAGCCGCCGUUCAGCGCUUCCGGGCGACGGCCAAGUGGACCUGCAGUUCUCGCGGAAGACGCGUGAGGAAGCUGCAUGUGGAUAUUCCAGCAUCUGCACCCAGGGACUCCUACAGCUCUCGGGUCAAAGUCUUACUCAGAUGAGCACCUGGCGCUUGGAUGCAGAUUGGUCCUUACGAGAUCUGGACAUCAGCGGUGGGCCUGGAAGAUAUCCAUCCAUGCAGCUGCAAAUGGAGAAGCUGAGGUCACUGAAGACAAGCUUGAAGUACAGCGCCACCCAUUUGGCCGAGCUCUUCGACGCUGGACUCCUCAACGCUAAAGCCGCGCUGGAGCUCGCUGGGCCUCCGGGGGAUGUCUCAUUCCUCCGCGGGGAGCUGGUGGUGAAGGCCGGAAUGUUGCUGGGUAGCACCACUUUGGGGCCUUUAAAUGGGCAUGUCUCGAUGGGCUGCGGCUUGCUGCUACCUGCUGGGAGAAGCUGUCCCCAGGUCCAAGGAGUGAUGGGCGAACACGGAGAGCGAGUUGGAGACCGAUGGACAGAUGGCCUUUUACUUUGCUGUGAUUUGUGCCGAAAAGGAUCGCUUCCACCUGGGCGGCGCCUCCGGCCUCUCGGCCCUGAAGGGCUUCGCGGAGCACGGCGCCGAGCCGCGCAGCGGGCGCUGCGCCCAGAGGAGCGAAGAGCCGAAGGACCGCCCGUCCGAGCCCACCGACGCCCGCGGCGGCGAAGCCGUGGCCUCGCUCUUCGCCGCGGUGUCGACUCCUAUGACGUUUCUCUCCAUCGAAGGAACCCAACUCAUGGCCUUCGUCAACGGUGGCCUCCUGCGGCGCUCCUGGCGUUCACGAGGAGAAGCAGUUCGAGUCUCCGUGGGUUUGGGCGUGGCGUUUCCCCUGGGCCCUGGGAGUUUGGAGUUGACCUUCGCGCAGCCACUGCGCCAGAGUCCCAACGAUGUGCUGCAGAGAUGGCAGUUGGGCCUGAGGCUUCAUUUGGUUGAGUGAGGACAGCCAGCUGGGCUGACGGCCUUCGAUGGAAACCACGACCGGUCUGUACGACAAACGGUCAAGUGGAAGGACUCUGAUGCAAACCAAGACUUGGCAGAGCUCCCGGCCCCAACGUGGGCUUGGAACAGUAACUUGGAAGAACGGGCCGCCGCUGUUAUGUGGCACCAGCAGC